CUGACCGUUUUGUGGUUUUAUGUUCGAUUGGUUUGCAAACGGGAUGAACGUCUAAUUUUUUUUUCUUUUUAGCAUUUUUUUUUUUAACGUCGACAUUAAGAAGUCGUAAAAUGUUUCUGAGACGUUUAUCGGAUUAAAAUAUUUGUGGUGAUUUUUUUUUUUUUUGCAAUAAAUUUUUAUCUUUUAAAGAAAAUAUCCCAUAAGUACUGCGAGUAAUAUCGUCGUAAAGUGGUCGUGGGAAACUUGAAAAUGUUCCCACGUUACUAUUGCAAUAGUGUGCGUAACGUGUGCGUGUGAAAUUCCUAAAUGUAAAGAUGAACGGUCACGGGCAAGAACACGGUCAUGCAGUAGUAGUUUGGGAAUGGGAAAAUCGUCAUGGACGAUGGAGACCUUAUAGCCCAGCAGUGUCUCAACACCUUGAAAGAGCUCAUUGUAAAAAACUUACAAGGGUCUUCCUAAACGAUGCCGAUCCUAAUUUGGAAAGGUAUUAUAUCAAUUUGAAGACCAAGAUGCAAUGCAGUGAUGAUGGAGAUGAGACGCAUAAUGUAAGAAGAAAAUUUUAUCAUCCUGUAUCGCCAGCAGGGAAAGGUGCCAAAUGGGAAUGGGCUGGAGAUACUGAUGAUUGGCAUACUUAUGAUAUGGAAGUACAGUGUCUUAUUGAAGAAGCCUGGGCACGUGGUGACAAGACUAUUGAUGUUUCUAAGACUUAUUUAGGUUUUCCAUAUAUCAUCAAUUUUUGUAAUCUUACUCAAGUUCGUUGUUGUACCGGAUAUGUAAGACCUAUUCGUCGUGUUCAACAAGCUCCUUAUCCAUUGGUUAAAGUUGCCCUAGAAGAAUUACAAAUUGCUACUGGAAAAAAAGGUGCUUCUGUGACUGUUAAAAGUUCAAGUAAAAUGAUCCAUAAGAAAACAUCUAAUAGUAGCAGCAAAAAGAACAAUAAAAAAAGCAAAAGUGGAGAUACAGGCCCUUCGAAUAUUGCAAGAGUUAUAUUAAAUAAUUUUAACAUAUUUAGUAACAAGCAUAACAUUGACAAUAAUGAUUCCAUUACAACUGUUGAAACUCCUGAUAAAACAAAAACAUGGGACAGCGUUUUGGACGUAGAUUCCAGUAGUACAAAGAGCGGUCGUAGACCUAGCGUUGAUACUGUAUCAACAUAUUUGAGCCAUGAAAAUCCUGUGGAUUUGCUAGACAGCAGUAUGGGAAGUGAUGAUGCAUUCAAAGAAUCUAAUUUUGGUGUAGAUACAACAACGGAUGUAAUAUCUCAGUAUGUAAAAGUAGUUGAAAGUGAUGAUUCCGAUUCAUGUCCUGUAUGUUUAGGCAGUCCUGAACCUCUGACAGUAGAAUUAACUCGUUGCAAACAUAGAUUACAUUUAGCAUGUUUAAAUGCAAUGCUCAGUUGUCAACAACCACCUAUGUACAUACAAUGUCCAGUGUGUAGAUUAAUAUAUGGAGAAAAAAGGGGUAAUCAACCACCAGGUACUAUGAACUGGACAAGGAUACCAAGAUCUUUACCUGGUUUCCCAAAAACUAAUACAAUACAAAUAACAUACGACAUUCCAUCUGGAGUUCAAGGAUCAGAACAUCCAAAUCCUGGCCAAGCAUAUUAUGCCGUUGGUUUUCCAAGAGUUUGUUAUUUACCAGAUAAUAAUUUAGGUCGUAGAGUAUUAAGACUGUUACAAAUUGCAUUUGAACGAAGACUGAUAUUCACAAUUGGACGAUCUAUUACUACCGGGCGUGAAGAUGUAAUAACAUGGAAUGAGAUUCAUCAUAAGACUGAAUUAGGUCCAUCUACGUCUGGUCAUGGUUAUCCUGACACAAGUUACCUCGAAAGAACUCUAGCAGAGUUGGCAGCUCAAGGUGUAACAGAUGGAUAAUAUAUAUUAAAGUUACAUUAUA